AACGCGUGCGACCACUUGUCCGGAUUCAAUGUCUGCAACCGGUAUCUCGUGGUCCUCUACUACCAGACCAAUCGGGUCAGUACUGUCCCCUCCAGAGUGUGGGGUGUCUUAAGUCUUAAGAUAUUGUGGUUUUUUGGACACUUUUGUGUUGCAUUCAAACGGUUAGAUUCGGAUAAGAAGUUAGAAGAGAUGGAAGACGUGAAGAAGAAGUAUAACGUGACUUAAGAACCGGUGAUUAUCACUACUACCUGUCCCACACAUCGCAUCCGCAUACCGUUCCCUUUCAUUUCAUAUAGCGUUC